CCUGUACUGUUACUACGCGUUUUCGCUUUCUGUUUCUCACUCAUUUUCUCUCUCUCCAAACACUCCUAUUUCUCUUUUUACUCACAUUUACAUUACACACAUUAAAACCGUGACUUAGCAAUUUCCAACUCGAAAAACAGAUCGAAAAGAAAAAAUUAAAGAGGUUUUAUUGAUUUUUUUUUCUCUCUGUAGAAGUAGAAAGUGAAAAAAGAAAUAAUAAAUAGGUAGACGAAGGAUACACCAACUCCGGUGGGGGCACAGAGCAGCGCCACCAUCACAUUCUGGGCCCCACCACCAAUAGCUUUUUCCAAUUAAUUAUUAUUAUUCUUUAAUUUUUUUUUUUUAGUUUUUUUUAGUUUUUAAUGUGUUUUUUUUUUCACUCGAUUAGAGGCACAGAUUACAUUACUGGUGCAUUUUCUUGAUCUAUCUGUCUCCUUCCCUAUUACGCCUCCACAUUUCAACUCCCUCUCUCUCUUAAAACCAAGCCAUCUAUUAACCAUCAUUGCCUCAAGAUUGAGACCAGCCAGGAUACAGAGAGGAGUGAGAAUCUGGCUUUGUCAAGCCAAUUGAAAAGAACAUAGAGAGAAACAUUUCUUUCAUUUCAUUUAAUUUUUUUUUUUGUGUCCUGUUCUAUUUACGGAUUUUUUCUAUAUCUGGGUUUGGAAACUCGGAUGCAAAGGUGGAGUCUUUUAACGGAGCUCAGUCACUGGCGGAUGCGGUGGUGGUUCACUCAGUUCUGAGUUUUGGUUUUCUGGAUUUGAGAAAAGCUUUUUGAUUUUGUGGAGCUGAGUGAGAUUUACAGUCAUGAAUACUGGGGGUCGACUCGUUGCUGGCUCUCACAACAGGAAUGAGUUCGUGCUUAUAAAUGCUGAUGAGAGCGGAAGAAUAAAGUCUGUGCAAGAAUUGAGUGGACAAGUGUGUCAGAUAUGUGGGGAUGAGAUUGAGAUUACGGUGGAUGGAGAGCCAUUUGUUGCUUGCAAUGAAUGUGCUUUCCCUGUGUGUAGGCCUUGCUAUGAGUAUGAGAGAAGAGAGGGAAAUCAGGCCUGCCCUCAGUGCAAAACUAGAUACAAGCGCAUCAAAGGUAGUCCUAGGGUUGAUGGUGAUGAGGAAGAAGAUGAUAUUGAUGAUUUGGAGCAUGAGUUUGAUUAUGGAAACUUUGAUGGCAUGGGCCCAGAACAAGUUGCAGAAGCAAUGCUCUCUGCACGCCUUAAUACUGGGCGUGCUUCUUAUUCUAAUGCCGCUGGAAUUCCCACAUCCUCAGAACUUGAUUCUUCUCCUCUUAGCUCCAAAAUUCCUCUUUUGACCUACGGCGAGGAGGAUGCUGAGAUUUCUUCUGACCGACAUGCUCUUAUUGUGCCCCCAUUCAUGGGCCAUGGAAAUAGAGUUCACCCAAUGCCAUAUUCUGAUCCAUCUAUACCCUUGCAACCUAGACCUAUGGUUCCUAAAAAAGACAUAGCUGUGUAUGGGUAUGGGAGUGUGGCGUGGAAGGAUAGAAUGGAAGACUGGAAGAAAAGGCAGAAUGACAAACUUCAGGUGGUCAAGCAUGAAGGGGGAAAUGAUGGUGGAAACUUUGAUGGGGAUGAAUUUGAUGAUCCUGAUUUGCCCAUGAUGGAUGAGGGCAGGCAGCCACUUUCAAGGAAGUUGCCCAUAUCAUCAAGCAAGAUAAACCCAUAUCGGAUGAUAAUCAUUAUUCGUCUUGUUAUUCUUGGCUUGUUUUUUCACUAUAGAAUUCUCCACCCUGUCAAUGAUGCGUAUGGUCUGUGGCUGACAUCAGUAAUAUGCGAAAUAUGGUUUGCAGUAUCAUGGAUUCUCGAUCAGUUUCCAAAAUGGUAUCCAAUUGAACGUGAGACAUACCUUGAUCGGCUCUCACUUAGGUAUGAAAAAGAAGGAAAACCAUCUGAGCUAGCUAGUGUAGAUGUAUUUGUCAGUACUGUUGAUCCAAUGAAAGAACCCCCACUGAUCACUGCAAACACGGUUCUCUCAAUUCUUGCGGUUGAUUAUCCAGUGGACAAGGUUGCAUGCUAUGUUUCUGAUGAUGGUGCAGCCAUGCUUACAUUUGAGGCACUGUCUGAGACAUCUGAAUUUGCCAGAAAAUGGGUUCCUUUCUGUAAGAAAUUUAAUAUAGAGCCCCGAGCCCCUGAAUGGUAUUUCUCUCAGAAGGUUGACUAUCUAAAGAAUAAAGUCCACCCAUCAUUUGUGAGGGAAAGGCGUGCUAUGAAGAGAGAAUAUGAAGAAUUCAAAGUUAGAAUAAAUGGAUUGGUUGCCACUGCACAAAAAGUACCAGAAGAUGGCUGGACAAUGCAGGAUGGAACUCCAUGGCCCGGUAACAAUGUGCGAGAUCAUCCUGGCAUGAUUCAGGUCUUCCUUGGUCAUACUGGUGUCCGUGAUUUGGAAGGGAAUGAAUUACCUCGUUUGGUAUAUGUCUCUCGUGAGAAGAGACCAGGGUUUGAACACCAUAAAAAGGCUGGGGCCAUGAAUUCUCUGGUUCGGGUCUCUGCUGUUCUAUCAAAUGCUCCUUAUCUUUUGAAUGUGGACUGUGAUCACUAUAUUAACAACAGCAAAGCUCUUAGAGAAGCUAUGUGUUUCAUGAUGGAUCCAACAUCAGGGAAGAAAGUUUGCUAUGUCCAGUUUCCUCAAAGAUUUGAUGGUAUUGAUCGUCAUGACAGAUACUCAAAUCGGAAUGUGGUGUUCUUUGAUAUUAACAUGAAAGGGUUAGAUGGUUUGCAAGGACCUAUAUAUGUUGGAACUGGGUGUGUUUUCCGAAGGGUAGCACUUUAUGGUUAUGAUGCACCUGUAAAGAAGAAGCCCCCUGGCAAGACCUGCAACUGUUGGCCAAAAUGGUGCUGCAUGUGCUGUGGAUCUAGAAAGAACAAGAAAUCAAAGCCAAAGAAGGAGAAGAAAAAGAAGUCAAAGAACAGGGAGGCAUCAAAGCAGAUAUAUGCCCUUGAAAACAUUGAAGGAAUCGAAGGUGCAGUUUUUCUCUUGUACUUCACUAGUUCUACAAUGUACAUCUAUAUUCAAUUCUUUAAAAUUCUCUCAUUCAAUAAUUUGUGUUCCUGUGCAGAAUCAACCACUGAAAAAGCUGCAGAAACAUCCCAAAUGAAAUUGGAGAAGAAGUUUGGGCAGUCUCCAGUGUUUGUGGCUUCCACGCUUUUAGAAAAUGGUGGAGUUCCUCAAGAUGCUAGUCCUGCAUCACUUUUGAGAGAAGCCAUCCAGGUUAUCAGCUGUGGUUAUGAAGAUAAAACGGAAUGGGGAAAGGAAGUUGGCUGGAUAUAUGGCUCUGUGACUGAGGAUAUCCUGACAGGAUUCAAGAUGCACUGCCAUGGAUGGCGAUCUGUGUACUGCAUACCUAAGCGGCCUGCGUUUAAGGGGUCAGCUCCUAUUAAUCUGUCAGAUCGUCUACACCAAGUUCUUCGAUGGGCCCUUGGGUCUGUGGAAAUUUUCUUGAGCAGACAUUGUCCUAUUUGGUAUGGCUAUGGGGGUGGAUUGAAAUGGUUGGAACGAUUUUCCUACAUAAAUUCAGUCGUGUAUCCUUGGACAUCCAUUCCCUUGCUUGUUUACUGCACUCUACCAGCUAUUUGCCUUCUCACUGGGAAAUUCAUUGUUCCAGAGAUUAGUAAUUAUGCCAGCAUCAUAUUCAUGGCUCUCUUCAUAUCUAUUGCUGCUACUGGUGUCCUUGAGAUGCAAUGGGGUGGUGUUGGUAUAGACGACUGGUGGAGAAAUGAGCAGUUUUGGGUGAUUGGAGGCGUUUCAUCACAUCUUUUUGCUCUCUUCCAGGGUUUGCUGAAGGUGUUGGCUGGUGUCAACACAAACUUCACUGUCACUUCAAAAGCAGCCGAUGAUGGAGCAUUUUCAGAGCUUUAUAUAUUCAAAUGGACAUCACUCUUAAUCCCUCCCACAACUUUAUUGAUCAUAAACAUAGUUGGAGUUGUUGUUGGGGUAUCAGAUGCUAUCAACAAUGGGUAUGAUUCAUGGGGUCCUUUAUUUGGUAGGCUCUUUUUCGCCUUAUGGGUCAUUAUUCACCUCUACCCCUUCCUCAAGGGGCUUCUUGGGAAGCAAGACCGCAUGCCCACCAUUAUUCUGGUAUGGUCAAUUCUGCUGGCUUCUAUCCUAACUCUUAUGUGGGUCCGAAUAAACCCAUUUGUGUCCAAAGAUGGCCCUGUACUGGAAGUAUGUGGGUUGGACUGUGACUAAAGAUACAGGAAUAAAGCAACCUUAAGUAGGUUUUAAGUGGCAAAAUAUGGAAAUUGUUCCAGUGUCGUGGCCGGUAAGUCAUUGGACAAAUUGCGCAUUGCGCGUGACUUGCAUCUUGCGAUGUUAUAUGGCCAAGAUGAAAUUUUUGUGGAAAGAAAGCUGUAGGUUGGGGGUGUAGAUACUGUGGGUUGGGAAAGACACAUUGUUUUUUAUUUUUUUGGUUUUACAGGGUUUUUAUUAAUUCUUUUAUUAAAUUCCUGUGGGUUUUAGGGGUUUUUAUUUUGUUAUUAUGUGAGUUUCUUCAAAUGUAUUUCUAAGAGAAUUGAAUCAUAAAUUAUUCCCUUGUCAAUGUAGGGAUUCAUAUAAGUGUCUCAAACCACUUCAAGUCCUUGUGUUUCAUUGUUUCUCCAUGUGGACCAUUGGACAUUUAUGUACCUAAUUUGGAGUUGCAAAUAUUAUGCAAUUUGAUCCCUUUUGCUAGGAAUAACAUUACAUGGCUUUUCCUUUCUUUCAA